GUGCCAGGGUUGAGGCGUAUUGUUGGUUACUGGUGUCACAGAAGUAUCCGUAGUGACAGUACCUUCCUAUUACGUCUGUACAGGAAUUCAUCAGUGCCUGUUAGUACAGGGUGUCAUAAAUGUGUCUUACGCGUGAAACGUAUGGGACCAAUCUGUGAUGUCCGGGACAUUUCCUGUAGUGACUUCGUUCUGCUGUGCCUCUCUCGACAACUUGUCCAGUGAGUGGCGGUCCAUUACUGUUCAUCUGACCAAUGUGUAGCCGUGUAAAGACGGACACUCUCGCUAAUACUAACUCUUCCUGGCCAUCGUUCACCAUCAGCCGGCGGCUAAAAGCUUCUCUAAUUGUUUUUGUGCCGCACUGCUUUUGAUAUUCAAUUUGACAAUAUUGGUUUGUCAAUCAGUUCGGGCGCAGAAAGCCUCUAUCGUCUGUAGACGCAAAUCGAAAAUUUAAUACCGGUCCAACCAUUUACCGGGAAGAAGGAAUUAUAAAUAUAUCUAAUGACUCAUUUAGGCUUCAUACGCAUUUGCGAUUUUGUUGCAAAUUAUUGAAAAUCAGAAAUCAAUAUAAUGUGUUUACGGUUGUGGUGGAUUUUUCUCCGACUUGCAUCGUCUGUGACCGUAGGACGAACAUCGACGUUUGCCCUCACUUUCUCCAAACCCUGAUCUGAGGGACGCCUCUCAGAUUGCCAGUCAUACACAGGCCUGACUCCUGAUGUCACUCUGAGAAUUAUUCGUUUCAACUAUAACGCACCGGAAGUGCCAAAGAGGAACCACCGGAUGUGAGAUGUACGCAACAUGUGGUUUGGUGCAAUUCUGAUAACCUUGACCUCUCUGGUGGUCACAACAUGUUCUGUGCUGUACCGGUACGAACUAAGGGGCUACUCGGACGAGGACAAGACUUGCUGUAAUGGCACACUGGCUUUCGCCAGCAAUAUGACACAUAUGCCGUGCUCUAGCAUGCGUUGCUGUGACCGGACGGAGAUGGUCGCUGUUGUACCAGUCAACUACGCCCUCGGCUUUGGUUUUCGGUGUUUGCCGAGGACCAAAAUAUCAGCAAGAUGUCUCCACCAUGGCCAGACGGUGGUGUCGUCCAACGAGACAUUUAUAACAUACGAGGCCCGAGUAUGCUGUGAGGGAAGCAAAUUCAACGUGUUCAUCAACAAGGACGAUGUGGCACUCACCAUAAAGUGCAUGAUGCGAAGGUGACACGCAUGAAUACUCCUUCAUAGGGUACUUAGGAAGUGACAUAGUGACAUAAUCAUGUUGCUGUGGUAUAAAGUCUUAUUGGCACAAAUUGAAAGCAGUCGAUAACAGCAUCCAUAGACAAAAGUAUGCACAGUCUUCUCAUUAGUCUUUGACAACUGUUUAUUUAACAGCAAUGUUUCCACAAUCACUCUAUUAGUGUAUCACAAAUCUGUAUGAGUCACUGUGUCUAUGAAUACAGUAAUAUGGCGUAACAUACCACGCCAUAUUUUUGCGCUCAUUCUAUCCCUUGUUUGUAAAGCUAAGAUGGUGCUUAUUAUAACCAAGGUCAAAGAAAUGGGCAAUUUCUGCACGGACAUCAAUCAGACAAAUAUCCGACUAAAGCUACUGAUUUUUCAUUACCAACUAUCGAACACCUGGUCCUGCCCAGCCUGGCAACAGCACAGUGAUCGAUGUAUAGGACAUGAGUAGAUGGCAUGUCUACAUCACCUGAAGGACAUAUUCCUAAUGAUAGACUUUUAUCAUGCUGUUACAGCAGGUGUUUUUUUAUAUCCAUGAUAUUCUCCCAUUAUUUAAAACCGUGUUAAUUACUAUAUUUGGUAUCGACACAAUAAAAUAAUAUAACAGCCGACAUAACAACCGAUGCUGGACAAUGCUUUCUUCGAUUUCCGAAAAACUAUAAUGUGCAAUUGUAAAAUCGCUUGAAUUUAAUUUGCCUACCAUGGGAGACGGAUUACGUGGCAGGAGUGUGGCGAGGACAUAAAGUGUAUGUUGCGUUUCGUUAUUGACUGUAUGGGUCUAGUGUAAUGCAAAUAAAUCCUCUCCAAUCUAUUACGGGUUAGUGGCCCCUAUUUGUGGUCCUGACCACGUGGAGAGGAUGUAUCGGUAUAAUUACACAGCGCAGACACUCGGGAUGACAACUCAAGGACAGAUUCUCGUACCCUAAGUAUAAUCUCAUUAGGGGUCAGUAAUGGACAAACAUUGGUCAAUUUGUCAAUAACAACAACUAGAUUAUACCAGCACGGUGCUUCCUGUCCUAUGUUUUACUAUUCUUCAUGAUGGCAGUAUUGUAUGUUCUUUUGCAGACAGAUUACCUGUAUGGUUUAAUCAAAAAUUGUGUAAUUUUGUAUGAUCCUCCGGUUCGACAGGCAUUUCUGCACCAGUUUGACAGGUAAUGAUUAUUGCAUCAGAUCGACUUUAUCAGCUUCAUAUGAUUCAAUAUAUCAUGCAUAGCUGGAUAAUUACCAUUUAUUUAUAGAUAUAUAACUUUUAACAUGAAUGGACAAGAUAGAGGUGUAUCUGUAGACUGUGUUCACAAUGUAAUUCCCCGGCAGAAGCCAUUAAAUGUUUGAUAGACUCCGAUAAUCAUUGCCAAGAACAAGACAAUCCAAUUAGUUAAUAUCCUCCUUUAUGUUUACCUCGUUAAUUUCCGAAUUGGUAUCUAUUGAACGGGUACUUUUUGGAUAUAAUUCGCAUUUGCUUGGAUCCAAAAAAGGACGUAGUGGGAACAUUAAGGCCAGUAGAACCACUGCCUUUUAGACCGAUAGAUUUACUACACUGGAGACAAUCAGGUGACCCAAAUGUAGCAUUCCGCUCGAAAAUUCAGAAACAUUACGUUGUGCUUAACGCAAUUGAGAUGUAAAAUGAAUUGGUAUGAUUGAAAUAAAACGGAAUUUCCCCUAUGGGAUCAGUCGAUUUGAAGUU